UUACUCAUCCCAAAAUCAUAUCAAAGAUUCUUCAUCACCUUUCUUUCAAUGGCACAUUCCCGUAGUACUCAUCCACCAGUAGCUAAUCCCUUUUCCAUUAUAAGCCCUCAGUUUUGCGCUCAUACUUAUCCUGUUCAACUUGCAAUAGUGAGAAAGGUCAAGACCAUAACAGAUGGAAACUUUGUUGUGCAAGAUAUCAAUGGCAACAUCCUUUUUAAAUUGAAAGCUGCAGACUCAAUCUUUCACGAUCGCCACGUUUUAAUCGAUGCUUAUGGAAAUCCUAUUGUCACUCUAAGAGAUAAGAUAAGGUCAAUUCAUAAGAGAUGGCAAGUUUUCCGGGGAGAGAGUAUAGAAUCCAGUGCUCUAAUAUUUAGUGCUAAACGAGCCUCCUUGUUCCAAUCAAAGCACAACGUUAAUGUGUUCUUAGCAAAAAAUACAGAGGAGAGUCUUUGUAAUUUCAGGAUCAGAGGAAAUUGGCUGGAACGAUCUUCUGUUAUUUAUGCCGGAGAGUCCUCCACAAUUGUUGCCAAACUGCAUAAGAAUUGCACGGCUCCAAGAAUCUUGAUUGGGAAGGAGCGUUUCAUGAUGACAGUGUACCCCAACAUGGAUUAUGCACUCAUUAUUGCCCUCAUUGUGAUUCUUGAUGCAAUUAACUCCGAAGACGAUGAUGAAGACUAUUAUGAAUCCUCAUUCCCUCAAAACGUCAGUCAAAUGGUUGAUGUAGCCGGAAACGUCAGUCAAAUGGUUGAUGUAGCCGGAAACGUCAGUCAAAUGGUUGAUGCAGCUGGAAACGUCACUCAAAUGGUUGAUGUAGCUGAAAACCUCAAUCAAAUGGUUGAUGGAGAAGAUGUAGCUGACGAUGAAGACUAUGAAGACUAUGAAGACUAUGAUAUAUGA